GGUCAUUUAUAUUUGAGUUUUCAGAUUUUUUAGUUUGUAAAAAAUGUUUGGCGGUAGCCAGGGAAAUGUGUUUGCUCCAAACAAGUUUGGUUCAAACUCGCAAGGUGGUGGAGCUGGUACUAGCCAGGAUGUGGUGAAUCAGAUUGUUAACACUGUCAAGCAAGAUAUGGAAUCAUGGGAGAAAUCUGGUCAAUGGGUCUUUUCUUGUUACAGUUGUGCAAAGGAUUGUCCGAGUAUUCCUGGUUUAACAGAUUUCAGUCCAGAAGAAUUAAGGUAUGAAGCGUAUGAAAAUGUGAAGGCAGGGAGUACAAAUUAUCAAACUAAAGUUGCACAAUUAAAGCAGGAAUAUAUGUCCAAGCGGAAUCUUCUUUUAACCCCUGAUCAGCAGUUGAAACAAGUUCUUGUCAAAAUAUACAACAAAGAACCCAUUGGUGACUACAGUCUGGGAUCCGGUCCAGCCUCAAUAUUCUCUUCUCCGACACAAUCCUCUCAAGGUCUCUUCGGAGGAUCAUCGUCUUCUCCUGCCCCAGGAUUGUUUGGAAGCCCUAGUAAAUCAUUAUUUGGAGGCAACAGUACUUCACAAACAGGUGCUUUUGGAAGUGCACCUCCGACAGGAGGGGCAGGAAUAUUUGGCGGAGGAGGUAAUUCAGGAGGAUUAUUCGGAGGAGGAUCAACUGGAGGUUCUACCGGAGGCAGUAUUUUUGGAGGUGGGUCUACUACAUCAGGUUCGGCAGGAGGCCUUUUUGGAGGCAGCUCGGGACAAUCUGGGGGAGGGAUAUUUGGUGGAGGUGGAUCUAGUUCAGGAGUUGGAGGAAUAUUUGGAGGCAGUGGAGGGAGCUCAAGUGCUUUCGGAGCUACUGCACCGGCAGGUGGCAUAUUCUCCAGUAAUCCAGUUCAACCUUCAAGUGGGAUUUUUAGUCAACCACCUAAUCCCACUUUUGGCCAACCAGCAGCCUCAGCUUUUGGACAGCCUCCACCAGCUUUCGGUCAACCUGCAGCUUCAACUUUUGGACAACCCACUGCACCAGCUUUUGGCCAAACUGCAUCCUCAACUUUUGGCCAACCUGUAUCCUCAACUUUUGGCCAACCUGGAUCCUCAACUUUUGGCCAACCUGCAUCCUCAACUUUUGGCCAACCUUCAGACUCAACAUUUGGCCAACCUGCUGUAUCGUCUAGUACACAGCCUUCAUCGACUUUUGGAACAAGCUCUCCUUUCAGUCAGCCACCACAGGAUGGAGGCACAAUGUUUCUUCAACCUAGCUCAGGAGGAGAUAUAUUCUCUGACCCCACCUCUUCUAUCGGUCAACCCACUCAACCUUCAGGGUUGUUUGGUAAAAGUUUGAUUGGAGAACUAGAUCCCUCCUGUGUCUAUUCCACUCUUCAGGAGCUCACAGAACAGGAUAUUCAAGCAUAUUCAAGCUCUAGCUUCCAGCUUGGUCAAAUUCCGAUCAAUCCUCCAGCUCAAGAGAUGUGUGCGCCGGUCUCCAGCUAGAUCAUACCAGAUUCAGUCUGUUUCCAGCUAGAUCAAAGAUUCAGUCGUUUUCCAACUAGUUAUUACCAGGUUCAGUCUGUUCCCAGCUAGAUCAUAACAGAUUCAGCCUGUUUUCAGCUAGAUCAUUUUAGAUUCAGUCUGUUUUCAGCUAGAUCAUACCAGAUUUAGUAUGUUUCUAGCUAGUUCAUACAGAUUUAGUCGGUAUUCAGUUAGUUCAUACCAGAUUUAAUCGGUAUUCAGCUAUAUUUUACUAAAUUCAGUCGGUUUCCAGCUUGAUCGUAACAAAUUCAGUCGGUUUCCAGCUAGAUCAUAUCAGAUUCACUCGGUUUCCAGCUAGAUCAUGGCAGGUUCAGUCGGUAUUUAGCUCGAUCAUACCGGAUUUAGUCUGUGUCCAGCACUUUUAUAACAGUUCCAGCUAGUUCCAGCUAGAUCAUGUUGGAUCCUGCUACAUCAUACAUACCAGAUCCUACGAUUCCAGAUAAAUCAUACCGGAUUCAGCUAGUUUAAGCUUGCCGGUUCCAGCUAACUGUUAAACCAUAGCGGAUCCUACUAGAUCGAACCGUCGUAUAUAUUAAUACUAUGAAGACUUUUUUAUUUCAAUUUUUAUUUCUACCAAGAUUUUAGAUAUCAUAGAUAGUAGAUACAUAUAAACAUGGAAACAAAGAGAAGCUGUCCAUUAACAGCUUCUAAUUGCUUGUUUGUAAUUUGAAAAAAUCUUGUUAGAAAUCAAAACCACGAUAGAAAAGUCGUCUUCAUUGUAUUGAUAGAAACGCCGACAUCUGUAGAUCAGACCGGUUUUAGCUGGAUUAUACUGGAUCCAAAUGGUCCCAUUUAGGUCAUACCGGAUCCAGAUGGUUACAACACUGACUUGACUUGAUGCUUAAAUCAAUCUUAAAUAUAAAAAUAUAUCACGAAGAACAAAAAAAAUAUAUAUUUCUCAUGAACUUUACGGUGUAUUAACAUUUAUAUAUAGUUUAACCUUUGUAAGUAUUGUAAAAUAAUUGAGCAUAUCCUUACUUAUUAUCAUUAUUUUAGAUAUAAUAAAAGAUAAACAUUUUUUUAA